AUGGCGUCUGCCAGCGGAAUAAAUCACCUUCUUUCGAAGCUGGACAACCUAACCCUCGAAUCUAUCGCCGAUAAAUAUCCCGCGACGUACCCUGAAGUCAACCCUUUUGAUCUAUACCGUGUACAUAUUGCCGAGGCCCUCGCUCCUAUCACGGGAGUGGCAGCUGAGACUAUCCGCCCUGUCAUCUCUUGGACAAAUGCCCUCGAUAAGGGAGACUUUAUAUUGCCUGUUCCUGCCCUCCGAAUAAAAGGCGCAAAGCCGGACGUGUUAGGAGCUGAAUGGGCAUCUAAAUUUCCCGAAGACGACCCCCUUUUCGAGAAACCGGUUGCCAACGGUCCCUUUCUCUCCUUCUUCGCUAAGAGCGGCCCCCUUACUCAGUCACUCAUCCCUAUGAUUCGGGAGCUCGGCGCCGACUAUGGCCGAAAUCGUUUUCUAGGGUUAAAAGACCCUAAGAAUCCCGGUGAAGGCAAGAAGCGCAUUGUUAUCGAAUUCAGCUCUCCCAACAUCGCCAAGCCAUUCCACGCCGGGCAUCUCCGUUCAACCAUCAUUGGAAGCUUCUUGGCAAAUUUGUACGAGGGCGCCGGCUGGGAUGUCGUCAGAAUCAACUACCUCGGCGACUGGGGUAAACAAUACGGUCUCCUCGCUCUGGCCUAUGAGAGAUACGGUGAUGAGGAGGCGCUGAAGAAAGACCCAAUCGACCAUCUGUUCCGGCUCUAUGUCCGCAUAAACGCUGAGAAGGAUGAUGAACUAGCUACCAUCGAGGCGAAGAAAAAGGAGGGCCAAGACGUCACUGGACUCCUAGCUAACAGUCUAGAUGAGCAGGCCAGAGGUUACUUCAGAAAGAUGACCGAUCGGGACGAGAAGGCUCUGGCCUUAUGGCAACGCUUCAGGGACUUGAGCAUCGUCCGCUACAAGGCUACGUAUGCGAGGCUUAAUAUCAAGUUCGAUGAAUACAGCGGCGAAAGUCAGGUAAGCGAAGAAGCUAUGGAGAAAGUCGCAAAGGAGAUGGCCGAAAAGGGUGUCUCAAGAGAGGAUCAGGGUGCCGUUCUCGUCGACUUCACCCAGCUCCUACCGGGCAAAGAAGGUAAGCGCCUUGGUAAAGCCGUCAUCCGCAAAAGGGAUGGUACAGCCCUAUAUCUCACUCGAGAUAUCGCCGAACUCCUAGGUCGCUAUGAGAAAUACAAUUUUGAUCACAUGAUCUAUGUUGUCGCAAGUCAGCAAGAUCUCCAUCUGCAACAACUUUUCAAGAUCAUCGACCUUCUCGGCUACAAGGACAUCGCCGCUCGCUGCCAACAUAUCAACUUUGGAUUAGUACAAGGCAUGAGUACCCGGAAAGGCACCGUCAAGUUCCUGGAUGAUAUUCUAAGGGAUUGCGCCGAUCACAUGCACGAUGUCAUGCGAAAGAACGAUGCCAAAUAUUCUCAGGUCGAGGAUCCCGAAGGCACCGCUGAUACCCUCGGCAUCAGCAGUGUAAUGACGCAGGAUAUGAGCGGGAAGAGGGGCAACAACUAUACCUUCGAUCUAGCGGUAAUGACUUCGUUUGAAGGGGAUACUGGCCCUUACUUGCAAUACGCGCACACCCGCUUAUCCUCCAUUAAGCGUCGGGCUAAUGUGACUGAUGAGGAGUUGGCUAACGCCGACUUAUCCCUCCUCACCGAACCCCACGCUGUAAAUGUCGUUCGUCUACUAGCCCAAUGGCCUGACGUAGCCCAGAAUACGCUGCGGACGCUCGAGCCAACUACGGUCGUGACCUACCUUUUCAGGCUGACGCAUGUCAUCAGCAGUAGCUACGACCAGCUUCAGGUCGUAGGCAGUGAGCCGGCCCUCAAGACAUCCAGGAUGGCGCUUUAUGACGCCGCCCAAAUAGUCGUCGGGAAUUGCAUGCGCUUACUUGGGUUAAGCCCACUUCAGAGGUAG